CUGCGCCACCUGCGCACGCGCACACUCGGCAUCCGCCAGCUGACACUACCCAACAGUCUCCGCGCUCCCUAAAGAUGGCGGCGCCCUUAGUGCAUGCCGCCCGCUGGGUGCCCCGGCUCUCCCGUUGCCCCGUUCGUCUCAUGUCGGCCUUCUCCAACCCGUUAGCGUCCGGGGCCCGGCGGGGGCUCUUUAAGGACAUGUUCCCGGCGCAGAGCGCCCCCUUACAAUUGCCCGAGCUCCUCUCCUCUGGACAACAAACCGUCUACUGCGGCUUCGACCCCACGGCGGACUCCCUGCACGUUGGCAACCUGCUGGCUGUGAUGGGCCUGCUGCGCUUCUACCGGGCCGGGCACCACGCCAUCGCCGUCAUCGGCGGAGCCACAGCGCAGAUCGGGGAUCCGAGUGGGAGGAGCCAGGAGAGGGAUCCGCUGGGUGCGGAGCAGCUGGCGGAGAACGUGCGGGGCUUGCGGGAGUGUCUGGACCGCCUCUUCACUAAUUCACAGUCGCUGGUCCCUGAGGGCCAAAACCGGCCCUCGGGCCGAUUCACUGUCCUGGACAAUGCCGCCUGGUACCGGCAAUGGCAGGUGGUGGACUUUCUGGGCUCGGUGGGCAGACACUUCCGCAUGGGCACCCUGCUGAGCCGACACAGCGUACAGAGCCGCCUCAAGUCCCCUGAGGGCAUGAGUCUCACCGAGUUCACCUACCAGGUCUUCCAGGCCUAUGACUUCUACUACCUGAACCGCAACCAUGGCUGCCGCAUACAGCUGGGGGGCACCGACCAACUGGGCAACCUCAUGUCUGGCCACGACUACAUCCAGAGGACCACAGGAGAAGACGUAUUUGGGAUCACCAUGCCUCUCAUCACAAGCACUACUGGAGAUAAGUUGGGGAAGUCAGCAGGGAAUGCUUUGUGGCUGACCAGACCCAAGACUUCUCCAUUUGAACUGUAUCAGUUCUUCGUCCGGCAACAUGACAGCAGUGUAGAGCGCUUCCUAAAGCUCUUCACAUUCAUUCCAUUGCCGGAGAUUGAGCACAUCAUGGAGCAGCAUAGCAAGGAGCCGGAGAAGAGAAUCCCACACAAGAGACUGGCUGCGGAGGUGACAAAACUGGUCCAUGACAAGGAAGGUUUGGAGUCCGCCAAGAGGUGCACACAGGCCCUGUACAAUAGCAGUAUUGACGCUUUGGAAGCCAUGACUGAUCAGGAGCUGCAGGAGCUCUUCCAGGAAGCCCCAUUCACUGAAGUGCUGCAUGAACCCGGUACCAGGGUGCUAGAUGCCUGUCUGAAAGCUUCUGCUAUCCCAGAAGGUGCCCGUGGCUUUGAAACAAUCAGCAGAGGCGGAGUCAGUUUCAACCACAAUAAGGUGACCAAUCCAGAUGAAGUUCUUGUGCUUGGUACGCACAUUCUCCGGAACGGACUGUCUCUCAUCAAGGUGGGGAAGAAAAACUUGUACAUUGUGAAGUGGCUGCAGCUGUGAAGACAGAGAACACUCCAAAUGCCCUGUGUGUACUGGAGGAAUACCCGCCCGAGCUAAUGCUUCUUCCUUCCAGGUUUUAUACACAAGGUUGUUACUCUCACUAAGUGAGAAACUGUUUUGUAUAUACAUGAUACUGUGUUAUAAUAAACUGGAUCAGUUGAAUUUUUAAUCAAAA